UGUACGCCGUGUUUGCCGUGUCGUUUUGGUCGGACGUGAUGACGUCAGACUUCGAGACACAAGCUGUGUUUGAAGCCGAGAAGGGCGUGAAAGUGUGUUGUGCUGGUCGUUUUAUAUCAAUCAUUUUAUUAGAAAUGUGUGCAAAUAGAGUAUCGUCUGAGUGAUUGGUAGAUUAGGUUCGAUGCUGUGUUUGUGUGAUCGAAAACAUGUUUCGUUGUAUACCAAUUUUUAAAGGGUGUAACAGGCAGGUGGAAUACGUUGACAAGCGUCACUGCUCGCUGCCGAGCGUUCCAGAAGAUAUUCUACGUUAUUCACGUAGUUUGGAAGAAUUACUACUAGACGCCAACCACAUUCAAGACUUACCGAAGAAUUUCUUUCGUCUGCAACGACUGCGAAGAUUAGGAUUAAGUGACAAUGAGAUUCAUCGUUUGCCGCCCGACAUUCAAAAUUUCGAAAACCUCGUGGAGUUGGACGUAUCGAGAAACGACAUACCAGACAUACCUGAGAACAUCAAAAAUUUGCGAGCUCUACAAGUCGCUGAUUUCAGCAGCAAUCCUAUUCCCAGAUUGCCGCCUGGGUUUGUGCAGCUGAGGAAUCUCACCGUUCUGGGUCUAAAUGAUAUGUCACUCACUAACUUGCCAUCUGAUUUUGGGAGCCUAGAAGCACUACAAUCACUGGAGUUGAGAGAAAAUUUGCUCAAAUCACUACCAGAAUCACUUUCCCAGUUAUCAAAACUUGAACGAUUAGAUCUUGGUGACAAUGAGAUUGAAGAACUACCAGUACACAUCGGAAAAUUGCCAGCACUUCAAGAGUUGUGGUUAGAUCACAAUCAGCUGCAGCAUUUGCCACCUCAGAUUGGCGAGUUGACCACUCUCGCGUGCCUAGAUGUCUCAGAAAACAGAUUGGAGGAUCUCCCUGAAGAAAUUGGUGGUCUCCGGUCACUUACAGACUUGCAUUUAUCUCAGAAUGUCAUUGAAAAAUUACCAGAUGGUCUUGGUGAACUAAAAAAACUAACCAUAUUGAAAGUAGAUCAGAACAGAUUAUCAACACUGAAUCACAACAUCGGAAGAUGUGAAAAUCUCCAAGAGCUGAUUUUAACCGAAAAUUUUCUUUUGGAACUUCCCACAUCUAUAGGAAGUCUGUUGAAAUUGAAUAAUUUGAAUGUCGAUCGGAAUAGCCUCCAGUUUCUACCAACAGAAAUCGGAAAUUUACGAAAGCUAGGAGUUCUUUCUCUGCGCGAUAAUAAGUUGCAAUAUCUUCCAACUGAAGUUGGCCAAUGCACGGCUCUACACGUCUUGGAUGUCUCUGGAAAUAGGUUACAGUACUUGCCAUACUCCUUGAUCAACUUGAAUCUAAAAGCAGUCUGGCUAAGUGAAAACCAAGCACAGCCAAUGCUCACAUUUCAAACAGACAUAGAGGAAGAAACGGAACAGGAGGUACUUACAUGCUUUCUUCUACCACAAAUGGAGUUCCAUCCUGACAAUCAACAUGACAGAGGUAGAUUGGGAAUGUUGGCUGGCAUUAGGGAUGCAAUCGAAGGUGAAGAAAUGAGAGAAGUAGGGAGUAGUGACGACGAAGGUUGGCAAGAGAGGGAAGCAUCACGCACACACUCUGUUAAAUUCACAGACGAUGCCCCAGACGCCGAUAAAGAGACACCGUUUGUCCGUCAAAAUACGCCACAUCCCAAGGAAUUGAAAGCCAAAGCUCACAAGUUAUUCAGUAAAGGGAAAAAUGACAGUCGUUCUGGAUCGACCGAUGAGCAGGAUGUGUCUCAAACUUUUGGACUGGACAAAAUGGAACCCGAGGUAGCAAUAAAAGUAUCAGAUCGAGACAAUUUUGUCUCUACAGAGGAGGAGCCACAAUCUUUACAAAUUUAUGAAGAGAUGCCAAAAGUUGGAACUAAAGUCUCGGUGACUGAGACAUCAAACAAACUGGAUGAUAUUCCUGUUUCAAACGAACCCGUUGGUCUUCCUAUCCAGCCAUCUCUGAAUCCCGAUUCUCUGGAGCAGAAGGUGGAUGUCCAAAAAUCAGUACUUGCUGCUGUUGUCAGGGACGAGGAUUCCGAGGGAGAUGAUAUGCAAAGGCAUGUUGAAUUUUCAGUAACAGAAGAUUCAAAUAAUGAAAUAAGUGUCGGUGAUGUGGGCAAACCGAACAGGUUGCAUCGCCGAGACACCCCCCAUCACUUGAAAAAUAAACGAAUCCACACUUCCAUUGAUAAGGAAAAAGUUGCCUCCAUCAUUGCACAGGCUUUGAUGAAAAAGAGCGAUGACCUUCCGGUAUCUCCUUCACCCCAUAUAGAUUCUAUGGAAGAUCAGCAAUGUCCAGAUAGAAUGUCAGAUGCCGAGCCACCAAUAGGACUGCGGGAAGAACAGUAUGAAAUUCACAUUGAACGAACAACAGGAGGGCUGGGAUUAUCCAUAGCUGGUGGUAGAGGAUCAACACCUUUUAAGGGGGAUGACGAAGGAAUUUUCAUCUCACGUGUUACAGACGGCGGACCUGCGGAUUUAGCUGGUCUCAGAUUUGGGGAUAAAGUGAUAGCUGUUAACGGCGUAUCAGUUGUAAACGUAGACCACUAUGAUGCGGUUGAAGUUCUAAAAGCCUGUGGCCAUGUUCUUGUCUUGGUUGUUCUUAGGGAAGUCACUAAGACAGUACCGCCAUUUGACCAGGCAUCAUUAAGGAAAGACUCAGUCUGCUCAAGUUUGAGUACCAGCCGAGCUCCCAGUGCAACGUCAUAUGUAUCCUCAACCGAACUCUCUCACAAUCUUGAAAACGGAGAUAGUCAAACACCUCAUGAAACUCCCAAGAUGAAAAAAGUCCCUGACUCCAUACCAGCUGCUAGAGCGAGUAACGAACCGAUGAUGCCUGUAUUGGUUCACACGACACUUAUUCGAGACCAAAAUGGGUUAGGUUUCAGUAUCGCUGGAGGCAAGAGUUCUCCAUCUUUUAAAGACAAUACCGAUGCAAUAUACAUUUCAAGAAUCACAGAUGGAGGGGUCGCGCAAAAAGAUGGAAAAUUAUUAGUUGGUGAUAAAGUCAUAUCGAUAAACGGUGUUGAAAUGACAGGGGCAAAGCACCAACAAGCUGUGGGUAUGCUUACUGGUCUGGAGAGGUUCGUUCGACUGGUGGUUGAACGUGAAAUACCUUUCUCCCAGGCAAACCCAGGCAAUCCACAAACGCCAUCUGAAAAAUCUCCUCGUGUUAUCGGAGCACCGCGACCUUACACGGGACUUUACAAUGCUAACAGUUAUAUGGCGAAUAGGCCCGGGUAUGCGGGCUACCGUCGUUCCAUCGAUGGUGAUACUAAUUUAUCGCCAAGCCCGACAUCUAAAACACCGCCACCAACAAAGUCCGAUGUGGUAAACGGAGCUUCGAAAAUGAACGGAGUUACGGAACUUGUAAAUCCACUCAGAAAUGUCGCACCAACGUCAUCAGGCGUUAGUAGUGCGAGCCAGCCACAACCACAACCAGCUCCAAGAUACAGUGUUUCUCAAACAGAAUCCGUUGCUGUACCCAAGCCGACUGUUGUUGAGACAGAAUCGAGAUCAGGCUCACCACAGGAGGAUAUACAGGUACCGAAGCCAAUCACCAACGAGGAAUUUCAGGCCAUGAUCCCUGCUCAUUUCCUCCGACCUCCGACAUCCUCGCCCUCGCCAGAAUCCCAUCAGGGCCCCGUCGUCACAGUGACUAUCAAGCAACCCGAUAACCUUCCAAGGGAUAUUAACUUCCUCCCGGCGCCAACCACCAUUGGCAAAGUUACCGAGACCAUCACAAAGAGUACUCUUACCGAAACAGUGGUCACUAGAAUCACCGACAACGAGCUGGUUCAGCCAGUCAUCAUUGAGGACGUGGUACUGGUGAAGGAAGGAUCACUUGGAUUUAGUAUUAUUGGAGGAACAGACCACUCAUGCACACCAUUUGGAGUGAAAGAACCCGGCAUUUUCAUAUCCCACGUUGUGCCUGAUGGUAUAGCAGCAAAGUCUGGAAAACUUAGAAUGGGUGAUAGGAUUUUGAAAGUAAAUGGAACGGAUGUCACAAAAGCCACUCAUCAGGAAGCUGUGAUGGAACUUCUCCGGCCUGGUGAUUCAAUUACCCUUACCAUCCAGCAUGAUCCACUACCAGAUAGUUAUCAGCUGGUCGAAAUAGAGUACAUUCCAGUGACAGUAAGUAAAGCGAUGGAAUUGACAAUAGUAAAAGAACCGGGAGAAAAACUUGGCAUGCAUAUAAAAGGCGGACUGAGGGGGCAACGAGGAAAUCCACUAGAUCAUACGGACGAGGGUGUCUUCAUUUCAAAAAUAAACUCCGGAGGUGCAGCUAAGAAAGACGCCAAAUUGAAGGUUGGAAUGAGGUUAUUAGAAGUGAAUGGUACAUCUUUACUGGGUGCCACACAUCAAGAAGCAGUUAAUAUUCUCCGAUGUUCGGGGAACUUGAUAACCUUGGUAGUUUGUAAAGGAUACGACAAAAACGAUUUGGAACACGCAUUAUACAUGUCCGGAGGUAGAGACUCGAAGGAGUCUAAAGUAUCUCGAGAGUAUAAAGACUCGACGGCUGAUGAAAUCAAGUCUUUGUCGCAGAGUGUGUCCAGUUUGGAUCGUGACGAUGAGGACACAGCGACACUUCGUCAAGAACAAGAAAUGAAAGCUGAAUUAGUUGCGUGGGAACAAGAAGAGCAAGAAAGAACCCUCAUAGAAUACAGAGAAAAAUCUACUCCUGAAAAAGUAUUAGACGUUGUGAGAGCAGCAGAAUCUUUGGUGAACAAGCCAAAUAGCCCAGUUGACUUGCUCGUGCCUCCAAAAUCCCCAGGUGGUACAAAGGACUUGAAAACAACCACUAUAGUGAUGACCAAACACACCUUAGCACCCCAAAAUGCUACUUUGAUUAGCAAAGAGGAGGCUGCAGGAACAUCCGUGGAUGGUCCCGUAACACCACCUUCACCCAUCUCUUCUAUUCGUUCACAUCCACAUGUUACAACGACGGACUACAAUCAGUCUAUUACCACACAAACCCUUCCUUCUCUUUGCCCUUCUACUAAAAAGUUAUUAAACGUACCUAAGCGAAGUGUUAACUUUGCAACUCUUCCCAUAUCUUUGAAUAAAACUGAAAUGACAGACAACAAGCGUCAUCCUCAAGACUCCUCAUCAUUCAAUGCUUGUACAACACUGAUCGAUUCAUCCAUUCCUUAUAUCAAACCUCCAUGCUUUCGAUCAGUGCAACAUUCUGUUACUACAUUGCUUUCUCCAAAUGAUGUUGAGUCGCCAAAACGAUUCUCCCUUGAUAACCUUCCAAUCAAUUCCCAUCAAGGUCCUCGAUAUACUCGACUGCCUCCGACUCCUUUGACAAGCCCUGGGUAUAUGGAAGGAAUAAGUUCCUCCUUUCCCUUUAAAGAAAUACGACAGAUUGCACGCUCUGUUCAUGGGAUAUCUCAGGUUGAGCCCACACCCACACCGUCUCCAACCCCGGCUCCAGCAAAAAUGUCUGUCAGUGAUCGGAAAAGACUAUUCGAAUCAGCUAUGGAAGAGCAUCUUAAACCUUCUCCAAAGCCAGAAAAAGUCUUCAGUUUUUUGAGCCAAGACGAAGUAGAAAAGAUGAAGCAAGAAGAAGAAAGAAAAAUAGCCACUUUAACCAGAGACGAAUUGAAAUCAUGGUCCCAAAUAGAUGAAAAUGAGGGUUUAGAAGAAUCUGAGGAUAUGAUGGAAGACCAGAACAACGGAAGACCUAAUAGCAGACUGAGCUCACGAAGCCCUCAUCCUCUUCUCCACAAUGCACCCAGCAUCGUCAGGACUGCCAAAGCUGAGCGACGCUUGAAGGAGAGAAUGAUUCAAGAGGGACUAAUAUCUGAUGAGGAUGAAGAAAGUCAUCUAACCCCUGCGGAACAGCGAGCUUUAAGAGCUGAAAAACGUGCGGCUUGGCGACAAGCUCGACUCAAGUCACUCGAGCAGGACGCUCUCCAGGCACAACUUGUGAUUAAAAAGAUGAACGAAAUGAUGGACACAUCAGGGAACACCAAAGUUGAAGAUACAACAGUGGAAUUAACAGAGCCCCUUGCAGAGCCAGAGAACGUAGCAGAAUUUGCUACAUUACGGCCGUCUAGCGCAGAUUUUCCUAAACUUGCUGUACGCAGCAAAGUCGGUCCUCCAAAAGCAGUACGUGAAUGUGAAAAAGUAGUGGAUGAAAAGGUCACUCGACGCACUGAGGAGUAUGUGGAUGAAGUAACAGGCGAACGCCGUGUACGAACUAUUGAAUACGUCGAGAAGCUGAUUGAGCGCGAGGUGGAAACUCUACGAGAGAACAUUAUCUCACUAGAACUCAGUAAUCCCGAAGUGGAAGCUGAGAGUAUCGGAGAGACUGGUGCCAGCGAUGCUGAGAGUGAAAGUGAAGAUCCAACCGCUCGACAUUCUAUAAGUGCACCCACUGAAGAAAAAGACAGUAUGUUGCAUAUAUCUGUUCCAGUCAAUAUCAAUCUUCCAACCAGUUCGUCAUCUAAGAAAAAGAAGCGAAAGCGUUCGCGAAAAGGUCGCCAUUAAUAAUAAAUAUCAUGGUUAUAAACUACUGACAAUAUCAACAUAGAAUAGUAUUGGAGAUGUGCAUACUAUGAAAUGUCAUGGUACAUGAAAAUUUAUCACUAGGUGUCAUUGAAGAAAAUUGAUGCUUUCAUUUGAAAAAAAAAAUUGAUACACUAUAGUCUACGUAAUACAAAGCUACCAAGUACAUCUUCAUCUCCUAAACACUUGAAAAAUAUAUCAAUGGUGAAAAUUUUUAUUCCACCCCAAUCCCAUCUGGUUGAAUACGAUGCCUUUAUCGGUAUAUUGACAUUUCUAUAUGCAUACCUUUUAUAAUUGAAUUCUUUCGGGGGGUUCAGGUUUUACCAGAAAUGUACAUUCCUGACUAUUUUUCUAUAAAUACAUCACACGAUAAUCUUAAAAUAUAUCCACAUGUAUCAGCACAUGUUCCCAAUCAGAUGGUGGAAAAUGGAUUUCAAACUAUAAUAGUAAGGUAGAGGCAUCAUUGUAGUGGAUCAGAAAGAUGAGGGUCCAAUUCAUCGAAUAUUCUAUUCUCAGAAGUAUUGUGGAUAAAUAACUCCUGGACCAAAACUCUGUGCUUGAAUUUACAAUAUUAACAACUUGCUAAUAAAGUUUGCAGAAUUUUAUAAUCUAGUGAUGUAUAAUUAUGAAUAACUUGGUAUAUUUUACACAUACAUAGUAAAAUGUUAGUUGACUCCAUCGAAAAGUUGAUAAUAAAUUGGAAACGUUAGAUGUAAUUUUAUUACAAUCUCUUUGAAAUUAUAAUAUACAGUGCUAUGAAGUGCAACGAAAAUUUCAAAGCGACGGGAUAAAGUAAACUUACUCAUGCAAAGUAGAUAAAACUACAGCUUUGCAGUUGAGCAUAGCUUUCAACUGAUAUGGUAUUUUUUAAAUGUCAUGAACAUUCGUACAGUUUUUAAGAAGUAUGAACUACAUUUUUGGUACAGCAUCGUCACUAUUGUGUAGGCAUAAGUAUAUUCAUAUUUUAGGCUAUUAGAUUUGAAAUGAGAAUACUUAUUAAAGAAAUCGGUAAUCUCAAAUUUGAAUAGAGAACAAGUUGUAAAACAUUUUACUUUAACUAAUUCACGGGUUUAUUUCUAAACCUAUGUUUUAUUUAAAAAAUCUGAGUGAAGACCUAUACAGACAUUUCUCCCAUCUUAUUAGAUUCCACUCAUUCCUUGAAUGCCUAAUAAUAAAUUCCUCGAAACUACUACUAAUAAAUUACUAUGUGAAACUCAAAAUCUUCAUUAGGCAAAGGUAACUCAUAAAACUCAAUUGUAUUUCAUUUUCGGUGCGUCCAAGAUCAGCCAGUCUUGCAUCAAUUCAUUCUUAGAUUUUAAUGCAUAAUAAUUUUAAGGAAUAAUUACGAAACAACUUGGGUACUACACGUCGUGCGUUUUGAGUGGGAAUAAGAUGUUUUAUGAGAUUUCUCAUUUACAUACAAUCUUAUGCAUACCGGUGCUGUUGCUGCAUAAUCAUACACGCGGUGUAUGUAGGUAUACAUGCCUGUAGUGUGCCUUGAAUAUAUCACUAUACAUGAAAGUCCGCGAAUCUUAGAAAGGUAGCGAAAGAAAUAUUAUUCAAAUUUGUUGACAAAUAUGUGAGUCUUGACAUGGUUCAGUGGAAUGGGAAGAUUUGCUGAUACAGUAGAGAGCAAUCAAUCUAUAGAUAGAUUUAAUCCAUCAAGCUAUUCGAUAUUUAGGACAAGAGUAUGUAUUUAUUAUAACUUAAAUGUAAUCCCAAAAUAAAUAAUAGUAUUUAUAUAUUUUAUAUUCUGUGGAAAAGCUUGUAAACGAAGGCAUCUUCUUGGACAUCACUUUUUCGUUGCAAUAAUGCCUUCCAGUUGUGUCUGAUAUAGAAAAUAGUGCUUAUUAAGUAUAUUAUCAGUUUACUUUUGCCUAAUUGUAGUCUAUUCAUGUACAUUUCUCACCUUGAGCUGCUGGUUGGUCUUUUUCAGAAAUUGAAUUUCUUCAGAGUGUUUUUUCUCUUCAGCCUCUCUUAACUCUGUAGCUCUGAUUUCAGCCUGUUCAGAUCUUUGUCGCAGCUCAGCUACAUUCUUUUCAAGCUCUGCCUUUUGUAACCGUAAUUCUUCUGCAGCUGACAUGAGAUCUUCCUUCCCUUGCUCUGCCUAUCGAAGGUAUGCAACUUAUGAUAUGAUUGUGAUUUUGCUGUAUCUUGGUACAAAGAAGUAUCACUAUUUUGUGUCACUACCGACCUGCAGUGCCUUGCGCAUACCAAAUGCUAUGCUACUUUGGUAAAGCGUUUGAUAUGCAGCCAUUGUCAUUCGAAUCUCAUCUCUAACUCGUAGCAAAAGCAAACCUCGUUCAGCACAGUUAAUUGUUACCUGGCGUAUUACUUCAUCUGAAAAUUCACAUGAAGUAUCUCUGUAAUUUCAUCUGUAUUACCGUCUGUCAAAUUUGAUGUAGAAAUACAGAACCCGUUUGUCUUCA